AUGGUGUCUGCCAAUCGGCUUCUAACUUUCCUUGCUUUUUUUGGUGCUCUGGCGAGUCCCACUGACCCCACGUUCACCGAGGCCGUUGUUCAUGGCGAGGGGUUAUACGAGCUUCCGCAGAUCGGAGAAAAUAUAUCCAAUGCAACACGCAGCGAGGGACUUCAUCGUCGCGCUACAGAACUCACAACCAGCAAGGACGGUGUCAACGCCGCGGGAUAUUACUACUCCCUUUACAAUGACAACCAUGCCGGCGCCGAGUACACCGAGUACCCUGACAGUGGUCGGUUCCAACUGAAAUGGAACGUGGAUAAAGAGUUCCUGGGAGGGAAGGGCUAUCGUGGCGGUAGCACGCGGAAAUUAACCUGGGAUGGCCACUUUAAGGCGGAGGGUGACUAUACUCUGGCAGUCUAUGGCUGGACUACGGACCCUGUCACCGAGUGGUACAUCGUCGAGCAACACGGCACGGGCACCCCGGGUAAUGGCCAUAUCCUUGGCCAGGUCAAUGUCGACGGCGGGGUAUAUGACGUCUAUAUGCUUCCCUACAGGAAUGUACCGAAAAUCUACGGUGUCACCAACUUCAACCAGCUGUGGUCUGUCCGUCGCAAUCCUCGUACCACCGGUUCAGUCGAUGUAACAGCUCACUUCAAGCGCUGGAAAGAGCUUGGACUCCAGCCAGGCAACCCCGUCUUCCAGAUGCUGACUGCUGAAGGAUUCAAGGGCGCUGGAAACCUAGAUUUCCAGCUACACUAA